CUACCUAAUAGUCCCAUAAUGGCAUUUGAUGAGGCCAGGGUGUCCAUGAGAAUUUUUCUUCUGCUUCUCUGGCUUAGGAUGUCUCUGUCUUUAUCAAGCCUUUCCCAGGGUAGGCCCUCCCAACAACUCAGCUUCCCAGAACUAGUGAUCCCCUUAAAGGUGACAGCCAUGGGGAGAGGUGCAAAUGUUCCAGACCAUCUCUCCUACAACCUGAAGUUUGGGGGCCAGAGGCACAUUGUCCACAUGAGGGUCAAGAAAUUCUUGAUAUCCAGACACCUCCCAGUGUUCACCUAUACAGACCAGCAUGCCCUCCACCAGGAUCAGCCUUUCGUUCCUAAUGACUGCUACCACCAUGGUUAUGUGGAGGGGGUCCCUGAGUCCCUCGUUGCCCUUAGUACCUGUUCUGGAGGCUUUCGAGGCAUGUUACUGAUAGAUGGCCUUGCCUAUGAAAUUGAGCCCAUCAGGCAAUCUACCACAUUUGAACACCUGGUUUAUAAGAUAAAUGCUAAUGAAACACAAGUCUCACCUGUGAGAUGUGGCUUAACAAAGAAGGAAACAGCAUACCAACAGCUGGGAUAUGAAGAGACAAAAAAAUCAACUCUGAAACAAAAAUUUACUGGUAACUGGUGGACCCACUCAUGGUUUUUGGAGCUGCUUGUGGUGGUAGAUUAUGAUUUCUUCAUGGACUCCCAAGGUAACUUUUCAAAUGUACAGGAGGAUGUAUUUCUUGUUGUCAACAUAGUCGAUUCCAUUUAUCGGCAGUUGAAUAUUUAUGUAAUAUUGAUUGGGAUUGAAAUUUGGAAUAAUGAAAAUGUUUUCUCAAUGAUGAAUAUAAAUCAGGUUCUGGAGGACUUCUCCCACUGGAAACAAGUCAGUCUUUCUCAACUACAGUAUGAUUCUGCACAUAUUUUCAUUAAAAACUCACGUAUAAGUGUACUUGGGAUAGCCUAUGUUGCAGGAAUAUGUCGUCCGCCUAUUGACUGUGGAGUUAAUAAUUUCCAGGGAGAUUCCUGGUAUCUUUUUGCCCUCACUGUGGCCCAUGAGUUAGGUCAUACUUUGGGUAUGCAGCAUGAUGAAGAAUUCUGUGUGUGUGGGCAAAGUGGCUGCAUCAUGAAUGCAGUCAGAGUGCCAGCAGAGAGAUUCACCAAUUGUAGUUAUGUAGAUUUCAUGGAGACCACUUUUACCCUGGGAUCAUGUCUACACAGUCCUCCAAGUCAAGAGAAAAUCUUUAUGCUGAAGCGCUGUGGGGAUGGUGUAGCUGAAAGAGAAGAGGAAUGUGACUGUGGAACUAUACGGCAGUGUGAACAAGACGCCUGUUGUCUUUCAAACUGCACUCUGAGUCCUGGUGCUGCUUGUGCUUCUGGGCUUUGUUGCAAAGCUUGCAAGUUCCUGCCAUCAGGAGAACUCUGUAGACAUCAGGUAAAUGAAUGUGACCUUCCAGAGUGGUGUAAUGGGACAUCCCCUCAGUGCCCAGAAGAUGGAUAUGUGCAGGAUGGCAUUCCCUGUAGUGACAGUGCCUACUGCUAUCAAAAGAGAUGUAACAGCCUUGACAAACAGUGCAUGGAGAUUUUUGGUGAAGGUGCAAAGAGUGCAUCUCAGAAUUGCUAUAAAGAAAUCAACUCCCAGGGAAAUCGUUUUGGCCAUUGUGGGACAAAUGGCACAACAUACCUAAAAUGUAAUGCCUCUGAUAUCUUUUGUGGGCGAGUUCAAUGUGAGAAUGUGGUAAACAUUCCCUACAUGAAAGAUCACUCUGUUUUGCAGUACUCUCACAUCAAUGGUGUUAGCUGCUGGGGUAUCGACUAUCAUUCAGGGCUGGACACACCUGAUGUUGGUGACAUAAAAGAUGGCACCAUUUGUGGCCCAGGACAGAUGUGCAUACACAAAAAGUGUGUCACCCUGCCUCUCCUGUCACAAGCCUGCCUGCCUGAGACCUGCAACAUGAAGGGGACCUGCAAUAACAAACACCACUGCCACUGCAGCUAUGGAUGGUCCCCACCCUUCUGCCUGCACAGAGGCUAUGGAGGUAGUGUUGACAGUGGCCCACCAGCUGCCAGAAGAAGAGUUCUGUUGCCACUACUUGUGACUCUUAGUUUGUCUGUUUUGUUUUUACUGUUGAUUGCUAUUGUUAAGUACUUUGAAAAACAUUUUGAUACCAAUGAGACUGAGGUUCACACUUCAGAUUAAGAAAAUGUCCCUAAUUUAAUCUCAUGCAUUAUUAAAUUUCAGCUUCUUGGUGAUGGGCUGUUAGUACUUGCCUGAAACUGGGCACAUUUCUGAGAGUUUAUAGAAAAAUAUAGAGACUCCCCUUCCGGCAGUAUUAAAAACACUGCCUUCAUGCAAAAGUAAUUCCUAACACCUUCCUGCUACUAUUUAUUGUUUUCAGAAGCAAAUAAAGCUUUUCCCCUGAGUUAGUCCUCUUUGUGUUUCUUGAGCACAGAUAUGAUGUCUGGGAAACAUAUCUUAAGAAGUCAUGUGAAACACACGUUGGAAUAUUCCUUCGUGGUGCAAGAGAGAGCUCUCAGGAAGAUGAGUGAAGUACACCUAAAGAAAGAAACUGAGAUUGUGGAAAUUGUCUGCUCAGCUGCCAGUGAAUUCAGA